CUCACUGUCUCUUACAGUAUUUUGGACUCCUCUGAGUUAGAAACCCUAGAAAGCGACAAAACAUGGAUACCGAUGGCUAUCGACGGAGUAACCCUCUCGACGAUCAGCAUUCUGGCUCGGGCAAGAUUCUGAGACUACGCCUUGAGAAUUUCAUGUGCCAUAGUAACCUCGAGAUUGAGUUUGGCGAGUGGGUCAAUUUCAUCACCGGUCAAAACGGAAGCGGUAAGAGUGCAAUAUUGACUGCUCUAUGUGUUGCGUUUGGGUGUCGAGCCAAGGGGACUCAGCGCGCUUCCACGCUGAAAGAUUUCAUAAAAACUGGAUGCAGCGAUGCCCUUGUUCAUGUCGAAAUGAAUAACCAAGGAGAGGAUGCUUUUAAGCCUGAAAUUUAUGGCGAUACUCUAAUUAUUGAGCGCAGGAUAUCUGAUUCUACUAGUUCUACGUUUCUCAAGGAUCAUCAAGGGGAAAAGAUAUCAAACCGAAGGGAGGAGCUACGGGAACUAGUUGCACAUUAUAAUAUUGAUGUUGAGAAUCCAUGUGUGAUAAUGAGUCAAGAUAAGAGCAGGGAGUUUUUACAUUCUGGAAAUGACAAAGAUAAAUUCAAGUUCUUUUAUAAGGCAACCCUUCUUCAUCAAGUCGAUGAUCUUCUUCAAAGUAUUGACACAAGUUUGAACGCUGCAAGUGCUCUUGUGGAUGAGUUCGAGGAGACAAUAAAACCAAUAGAAAAGGAGAUCAGUGAAUUGGUUGGAAAGAUAAAGACUAUGGAACAAUUUGAAGAAAUAUAUCAACAGUUGCUGCAUUUGAAAAAGAAACUAGCUUGGUCAUGGGUAUAUGAUGUGGAUAGGCAGCUCAAAGAACAGACUGAGAAGAUUGUGAAACUCAGAGAACGAGUGCCUACUUGUCAAGAUAAAAUUGAUCAGAAACUGGGUGAGGUGGAAUCUUUAAGAGAAAACUUGAACAAGAAGAAAGCUGAAGUUGCAUGCCUGAUGGAUGAAUCGAGUACUAUGAAGAGAGAGAUAGAGUGUUUGCGGCAAUCAGUCAAUACGGCUGCAAGAGAGAAGAUUGCUCUGGAAGAAGAAUACCGUCAUAAGUGCAAUAACAUUCAGAAGAUUAAGGAUCGUGUUAGGAGGCUUGAACGGCAGAUUAAAGAUAUUGAUGAAAUGACUAUAAGAAGCACACAGGCUGAACAAUCUGAAAUCGAAGAAAAACUGAAUCAACUGAAGCUAGAGGUUGAGAAGGCUGAAUCAUUGCUUUCCAGUUUGAAAGAGGAAGAGAACAUGGUAAUAGAGAAACUAUCAGCCGGAAGGAAGGCUGUGGAACAAAUAGAAAAUUUGAUUCGAGACCAUGAAAAGAAGCAAAGAAACAUAAACGCGCACAUCAAUGAUCUGAAAAAGCAUCAAACAAAUAAGGUUACCGCAUUUGGAGGAGAUAGAGUCAUUAAUCUUUUACGGGCGAUUGAGAGACAUCAUCGCAGAUUUAAAAUGCCACCUAUUGGUCCGGUUGGUGCUCAUGUGACAUUGGUCAAUGGUAAUAAAUGGGCUUCUACAGUUGAACAAGCUCUUGGCAACCUCCUGAAUGCCUUUAUUGUGACCGAUCAUGAAGAUUUAAAUACUUUGCGAGCCUGUGGAAAGGAAGCAAAUUAUAACAAUCUGAAGAUUAUUAUUUAUGACUUUUCAAGACCAAGGUUAACUAUACCAAGGAACAUGGUUCCUCAAACGGAACACCCAACUAUUCUCUCUGUCUUGCACUCUGAGAAUCCUACUGUUCUUAACGUCUUGGUGGAUGUGAGUGGUGUGGAGAGGCGAGUGCUUGCAGAGAAUUAUGAGGUUGGCAAGACAGUUGCCUUUGAGUCAAGGCUCUCGCAUCUGAAAGAUGUUUUAACUAUAGAUGGAUAUCAAAUGUUUUCCCGUGGGGGUGUUCAGACAACGCUUCCUUCCCGUCUUCGAAGACCGACUCGAUUGUGUGCUUCUUUUGAUGACCAAAUCAAGGAUCUUGAAAUAGAGACCUCAAAAGAACAAAGUGAGAUACAUGAAUACAGGAGCCAAAAGAGGGAGGCAGAGGUGAAUCUCGAGGAUAUUGAAUCAAAAAUGCGCAGACUGAAGAGGCAAUGCACCCAACUUGAGAAAGAUUUGACAAGGAAGGAACUUGAAAUGCAGGAUCUGAAAAAUUCAAUCGCUGCUGAAACCAAAGCUUCACCUACAUCAAGUGUUAACGAACUUCAUCUAGAAAUCAUGAAAUCUCGAGAAGAGAUAGAGGAGAAAGAAUCCUUGCUGGAAAAGCUCCAAGACAGCUUGAAAGACGCUGAACUAAAGGCUAAUGAACUUAGAGCUUCAUUUGAGAACUUAUAUGAGUCGGCCAAGGGUAAAAUUGACGCCUUUGAGGAAGCAGAGAAUGAGCUAAAGGAGAUUGAAAAAAAACUCCAAUCCGCAGAAACGGGAAAGAACCAUUAUGAAGAUGUAAUGCAAAACAAGGUGUUACCUGAGAUUAAAGUGGCUGAGGCUAAAUAUGAGGAGCUUAAAACCAAGCGGCAGGAAAGUAAUGAGAAGGCCUCCAUUAUUUGUCCUGAGAGUGAGAUAACUUCUUUGGCUCCCUGGGAUGGGGACACUCCUAUACAGCUUAGUGCUCAGAUUAACAAAAUAAGUCAUAGACUGAAGCGAGAGAGUGAAAAGUAUUCUGAAUCUAUCGAUGACCUCAAGAGUAUGCACGAGGAAAAAGAACAUAAGAUUGGGAAGAAACGCAAACUUUACAAAAGCUUUCGAGAAAAACUGAAGGUCUGCAAAGAUGCGGUAGAUUCACGGUGGAGAAAGCUCCAAAGAAAUAAAGAUCUUCUGAAGCGCCAAUUAACUUGGCAAUUCAACUCUAAUUUAAAAAAUAAAGGUAUCAGCGGACGUAUCAGAGUCUCUUAUGAGGAAAAAACUUUGUCCAUAGAGGUUAAGAUGCCUCAAGAUGCAACAAGCAGCGCUGUUCGAGACACUAGAGGGCUUUCAGGUGGAGAACGGUCUUUCUCGACUCUAUGCUUUGCAUUAGCUCUUCACAAUAUGACUGAGGCCCCAAUACGAGCGAUGGACGAGUUUGAUGUGUUUAUGGACGCGGUAAGCAGGAAAAUCAGCUUAGACACAUUGGUUGAUUUUGCAUUGGAACAAGGUUCACAGUGGAUGUUCAUCACUCCUCACGAUAUCAGUAUGGUGAAGUCAGACGAUAAGAUAAAGAAGCAACAGAUGGCUGCUCCUCGUUCUUGACCUAAAUAAUCUCUUCUUUUUUGGUGUGUGUAAAUUCUAUCUCACAAAAAGUGAUCCCACCAUUUUAAUCUAACUGUAGGGGGAAAGAAUGAGUUCGUCUGCUUUCCACUUCUAAUUUUAUUUUGUAUUUAUCUUAUUUGUGGGAACUUGGAAGUUUCUCUUUUGUCAAUAUCUAAGAAUGAAUGAAUAUGAUGAUUAAAAUCAA